CAUUUUUUGACUUCUUAUUUUCCUUUCAACACAUAUACAAAAUGCGUCCUGGCAUGGAUUCUCCUCGCGGUGGCCGUGGUGGCUUCGGCGGUGACCGUGGUGGCCGUGGCGGCGGUCGCGGUGGCUUCAGCCCCCGUGGCGGCUUUGGCGGUGAUCGCGGCGGUCGUGGCGGCGGUCGUGGCGGCUUCAGCCCUCGCGGCGGUGUCGCCGGCGGCCGUGGCGGCGCCCGUGGUGGUGCCCGCGGUGGUGCCCGUGGCGGUGCUCGCGGUGGUGCCCGUGGUGGCCGUGGCGGUGCUCGCGGUGGCAUGAAGGGUGGCUCGAAGGUUGCCGUUGAGGCCCAUCGCCACGCUGGUGUCUUUGUCGCUCGUGGUGGCAAGGAGGAUGCCCUUGUCACUCGCAACCUCGUCCCCGGCGAGAGCGUGUACGGCGAGAAGCGCAUGACUGUCGAAGAGGAGGGCAACAAGGUCGAGUACCGUGUUUGGAACCCCUUCCGAUCCAAGCUUGCCGCUGCCAUCCUCGGUGGUGUUGCUCAGAUCCACAUGCCCCCAGGCUCGAAGGUCUUGUACCUCGGCGCUGCCUCUGGCACGACCGUCUCACACGUUGCUGAUAUUGUUGGCCCCGAGGGUCUUGUCUACGCCGUCGAGUUCUCUCACCGCUCGGGUCGCGACUUGAUCAACAUGGCCAAGAAGCGCACCAACGUCAUCCCGAUUAUUGAGGAUGCUCGCCACCCCCACAAGUACCGCAUGCUCAUCGGCAUGGUUGACACAAUUUUCGCUGACGUCGCUCAGCCAGAUCAGGCCCGUAUUGUCGGCAUCAACGCCGAGUACUUCCUCAAGAACGAGGGCAACUACGUCAUCUCGAUCAAGGCCAACUGCAUAGACUCGACCGCACCAGCAGCCGCUGUGUUUGCCGAGGAGGUUAAGAAGCUUGCCGCCAUGCAACUCAAGCCCAAGGAGCAACUGACACUUGAACCCUACGAACGUGACCACGCUGUCGUUGUCGGCACUUACCGCCCUCCCCCGAAGGCUGCCAAGUAAAAAGGCAUCCGGACUGGCAAUUUUUUAACAGAAUGAGCAAACAGCACAAUCAAAGGCUAUGCCACCAACACGAAACAAUAUCCGAAACAAAAAAGAAUCCAGUGCGCUUCAAGGUGUAUCUAGUUGUGUAUUUGGCCUUUUUUUUUUUUUUUUUUCUCUCGUAGUUGGCGUGCAGUUUUUGGUUGAUGCGUGUUGUUUUGGUAGGAUUUGUUGUUGUUGUUGUUGUUGUUUCGUAUGUACGUGUAGUGAAGAUUUUUUUUCU